UAAAAGUCGUAAAUUUGCUCCAGAUCACAUCUUAGCCCACACAAGAAAAAGAAUGCGCAUUUUACAUUAAAUAUAGCAGCUGAGUGUAUUGUUGUCAUUCAAGAAGUCUGUCUGUUACACAGGUUGAAGUUGGGACAGUCCCACAGGUUGGUGAUGUCACUAUAUCCCCAGAAGUGUUGGAGCUAAAAGCUGAAAAGACAGAUCAAGAGCAGACAGAUGAGAUGUAUAUGAGUGAAUCUCAACAAAACAUGAUUCAGUUUGACAGCUUUGCUGUGCAGGUUGAUAAACUAGCAACUGAGAUGCCACAGAAAUCAACAAAUCAGUCAGAGCCAUCCAACCUAGAAUCAUACAGAACCAAACUGGAUAUGCCAGAAAAAAAUGGAAAUGAGAAAUAUCAGCGAGAGCAAGAGAAGCUAAAGGAGGAGUGGGAGAGAGCUCAGAGAGAAGUGGAAGAGGAGGAGAGGAGACACCAUGAAGAGGAAAUGCGGAUACUGGAGGAAACCGUGACCCCACUGACCCCUCGCACCUCAGCCUUAGCAUCCAGCACGGUGACAGAGGCUCCGUCCCUCAGCCAGCCCUCAGCCCCACAUGACACCAUUGUCCUCUCUUUGGCUGACUGGGAAAGGAAACAGGAAAUGUUGGAGAAACAGGCACAGACAAACCAGAGUAACGGACUCACACACAGCCCUGAUCAAGUAAUCACACCAGCUCAGCAGAACGGUCAGAGAACUGAACCUCAGGAGAGCCAAACAGCUACACCGCAGCUGCAGUUUAUACAGGAUGGCUCUUGGAGCUGUAAGACUAAAGACAGACAAGAAGAUUUAAAGAAAACUGCCUCACUGGAUCGUAAACAGAGUCCACCUCAGAGCCAGACCACAAGGAUGAGGAGGACUGGGUCGUGUGAAAAUGUUUUAGGGACACACCCAUCAAAAUCACCCACACCAUCACAAGACACGCCACCUCCAUCACCCAGCAGGUCAGUAAGUGGAAAGAAGCUUUGCUCCAGUUGUGCACAUCCCUUGGGUAAAGGAGCAGCUAUGAUCAUUGAGAGCUUGGGGUUGUACUUCCAUAUUCAGUGUUUUAAGUGUGGAAUAUGUAAAGGGUUACUUGGAGACACAAGUGCUGGAACUGACGUCAGAAUUCGAAAUGGACUUCUUAAUUGUCAAGAAUGCUACAUAAAAUCAAGAGCUGCUGGCCAGCCGACAACAUUGUGAUGCUUCUGGAAUUCUGACAAAGAAAUGGAACUGAAACCAGGUUAAAGCGACCCAGGACCAUACCCAGGAAGAAUGGAUUUUACGUUCAUACAACGUCUUCGACAGUUUUACUUACGGCACAAUCAAGCACAGAGAUUAAGUCAAAACUGGAAUCAUGGAUACAUGAUGGGUUUUCCUCUGAACUUUCUUUGACCGACUUUGUGCUCGCUGAAAAACAAAUUUAUCGCUUACGUGAUUAACAGUCCAUGAGAUAUUACAGAGAUUACAGUGAAUUUGUUCGUACUGUUAGUUUUACACUUUAGAACGAGAAUAACAGUAGCACUUUACCUCACGGUGGCCAUGUUACACACAUCUCAAUAGCACAAAGGCCAAAAAACGUACAUAUUUUCAUAAAUAGAGAUAAAGUCAAAUGCCUGUGCCAUUUACGUAAAUAAUAUCUAGGUAGCUGCAUACACUCUCACAGCACUUGACACUUCAAAAUAUGUUAAUAAAUACAAUAUAGGUGCUAAUAUGUACCUCAAAGAUACUGAUUCUUUUUAGUGUAUAAACGAUAUCAAAAUCUAAAGAUUCACUUAAAUCAGAAAACCGAUUUGAAGAGGCCAAUGGUUAAGGCUCAUUACAUCAUUCUGGGGGAAAAAAAGCAUGUUUUGCCAUUGGCAGCCAUUUAAAAGUAGAAAUUUUUUCUGACUAAAUAAGCAACUCAAGGCUGUAAACAUGUAAACAGUUGGGGGGAGGGGUUUGUAAUGGUCUUUUUUUUACAGGAAUUAAAGACUUAUGAAAAAAAAUAUGGAAGAAAUAAGAAAAAUAGUCAUUUUUGUAGAAACAAUAAGAAAAAAUGAGAGGAGUAAAAUAAGAACAAUAUUUUUUUUGUACAGUUAUCAAUCUGAGUUGUUGCAAAUAAUAUUUUUAUUUCAAAAUUUGCCACCAAUUUACCUACGUGAAAAUGCAAGAGGGCGGCAUAAUUUGAAACUGGCAAAAAUAAGGGUAUUACCGUUGGAUGUUUAACAUUUUUACUAUAUUAAAAAGAUUCAAAUGAUAUUAUAAUAUAAUAAAGCAAAUCUUUUAGUAUACUCACUACUGAGGGCAUAUAGCUAGAAUCAUCUACAUUCACAUACUUGUUUAGAGUAUGAUUUGGACCUAACACCAAUGACGUGGAAUUAUUAUCUUAUUAUUAUUAUUAUCUACAAAAUAGCUACAUAUUGACUGCAUGUUGUAUUACUAAAUACACUGUAACAUGGGCACUGUAAAGUAGAGUGAGACUGAAUCCAUUUCCAUUGUGAGGAACAUGAGGUAGCACAAAUGUCCAGUUUUCAUUUAAGAAAAUUUUGCAUUAAUAAUAAUCUCAGUUUUUGUAAAGGUCUUGCAGGUAUGCCACAUAAUUCUUAAAUGUUUUACUAACAGACGACCGCGUUAUUUGCGACUCUUAGGCCUAGCUGAUUCGUCCCGAUGCCUUAAAUGACGACAUGAAAUGAAUACAGAUAAGAUUGUCCAUCACCUUUUUUCAUUUCUGUUUUGAAAACACACGAACUGGAGUGGUUUUGAUUUAAAUGUUCUGUUCCUUCCUCCAUUUCUCAUUGCCUGUUUUAUCUUGUUUGAUCGGUGAGGGGUUUGAUACUUUAUUUGUGCAGUAUUGUUUAACAGCAUGUUGCUAAUGGGUAGAUCUUACAUUUCCAUUUGAUUAUUUUUCAAAACCUGUUAUUAAUAUUUACGUUUUUGCUCUGCAGUUGAAUAGUAAGAAGAUGCAUGAUCCCCGAAACUUUCCUUGAUUACGCUUUACA